AUGGCCGUCGGAAUGCACCACAGCUCCGAAGCCGGCACCAUGUCGGUUUCCAGCAAGACGCAGGACACAGAGGGUCCCAUGGGCCAUCGCGACCCGCAUGCAAUCGGCGACGUCCUCGGCCGUAGCGUUGACGAAUUAUACCCCAUCGGACCUCUUCUCGCCGACGAUGGCGACAACAGCCAACCCUAUUCUUACUACCGGCUUGUCCACCAGUUCUGGGUUAGGGUUGCCGAGGCUUAG